AUGCCGCAGUCGCUUCCGCCGCUUGAUGGUGGCGGCCCUCCUAGCCAUGUCUUUGCGGGCUUUGGCCUGCCUCGAGCGCCGCUGGGCACUCCAGAGCCGGAGCCAGAGUGGUGGGAGGCGUGGCGGGAGUUCCAGGCAUGGUGGUGGCCGGGGGAGCCCGCGUGGGAGAUGGAGGCGCGUUCAUUUGUGGAUCCUGGCGGGCGGGUGGCGGCCCGGAUGCGGGCGUUCGCCGACUCCGUUGGGCACGUGGCGACCAUCCUGGAGGAGCUGCAUCGGGCGAUGGAAGCGCGGGAGGCGCCGCAGCGGGAUCCCAUGCUGUCUCGUCGUCAGCAGCUUCGGGUGCUCCGUGCGUCAUCCGCAGUGCUGUGGGAUCCGCUGCAUCUCCCAAUGGUCCCUCUGCUCGACGGGGCGGACGACGUCCCCUGGCGGCGACACUUUGCUCUGGUCAUCGGCGUGCUCGCCAUUGUGCCGACUGUGGGGUUGACACACGGCGGCUGUUGA